AUGGAAUCCUUAUUCAGACGGCUAGACAAAGAGAAGCUACCCCCCGCUAACGCUCGCUCCUCACUUGACAACAGGAAAUUCGUACCCUUUAGUGUGUUGAAGAAGCUCAUAACCGAAGAAAAUGUCAGAAUCGAACUCGCCAGAGACGAGGGGCAGAUCUCUAGGCUCGUUGGGUGGUUCAACCCACCAAUCGCCCCAACUUGGGUUCCCGUGCAUGCCCCAAAGAUUUUCGCUGCUCUUGUCCUCAUGGGCAGAUCCCAAGGUAUAAACAACCUCCUCAACGAAAAUCUAACAGAUGAGCACCUUCCACUUUCUCGUGAUCCUCAGGAUUCAACAACCGAAUUCUGCGAAUCCCAUGAUAAGUCCCAGUUUUGGCUGAGGGGGCUUGGCGAGGGAACGGUCAGCAAGCUGGUAGAUGAAUACCAGUUUAUCUUUCAAGCCCCUGUUCUAGAUACAAAGGGCCGGCUCGUCUCUAUCAGCGAACAAUGUCCCUUGCCGUUCGUCACCUCCAGUGUCGAGAGUCGCGGGGGUGCCGGCAUUGUUCACAAAGCAACAAUACACCCUGAUCAUCAGAUAGGAUUUGAGGCCGAGACAGAUGACCGGAAUGUCGCCGUAAAGGAGUUUCUACAUAAGGAUGACUUCGAGAAAGAACACCGCAUACUGGAGCAGCUCGAAGGCUUAAGACACCCCAACAUCAUCCGUCACUUUGCCAGCAUUGACAGGAUGAACACCCGCUACGGAUACAUCAUCUUCCCCUGGGUCGAUGGCGGCAACCUCCAGGAGUUUUGGACAACCGAGCCUGAAACCUCCCAGGCGCGUGUUUUAUGGGCACUCCAACAAAUGUCCGGGCUUACCGAGGCCCUGCACCUGCUCCACGAUCGAUUCAAUUGCCGCCACGGCGACAUCAAGCCCCUUAACAUCCUCUGCGUCAAAGAGGUACGGACUACCAGACAAUGCGACCCCGUCCUGAAGAUUGCAGACUUCGGGAUCUCGAGCAUCCACGAAUGGCCUACCGUCUACAGAAAGGCUGCGACAUUCGCCACCCAUCUGACGCCUUCCUACCAGGGCCCCGAGGUAGAGUUCGAGGGCCUCGACAAGCACUCCCCACGGCCCAGGUCCCGCAAGUACGACAUCUGGUCACUCGGCUGUGUCUUCCUCGAGUUCACUCUCUGGCUCCUGUACGGACCCGACGCCAUCAUCAAAUUUGCCGAAGCCAGGGGGGCCUCCUCCUCCUCGAGGGAGGCUUCUCCUCCCAUGUACGAAGUCACGGACAAGAAAGCCAAAGUUGCCGUGGUGCACCAGCUGGUGACUAAGACGAUCAAGUAUCUCGAGCGCGAUCCUCGGUGCGAGGGAGACACGGCACUUGCGGCGUUGCUCGAUCUUAUUAGGGGCAAGAUGAUCAAGCCAAAGGUGGAUGAUCGGCCCUGGGCUCUAGAGGUGGUCGAAGGGCUCAACGCCAUUAUCGCUGAAGCGGACGAGGAGAAGAAGGGCUCGGGGUAUUUGCUACGCGUCUGCAGUGGCCAGGAUAUCGCACCGCCUAAUUUCGAGCCCUUUACCGGACUUGACGCUGGUUCAUAG